GUGACCUUGUGCGGGUUUACUGAAAGUACUAUAGACCAGGAGAUCUGACGGGCUGAUUGUUUGGCGCCGGUUACAAUCGCUGUUUACUACUGACAACUGCCCAUAUGUUUCAGUUUUUUAGAAAUGCUUUGGAUACACAGAAUGAAGAAGUGAAAAUGUUACAUAAUGAAGUAACAGAACUAGAAAGAGUAAACAGUGAAAUACUUGAUUUUGUUCAUAAGAAUGGAAGAUUGCCAGAAAUUAUAAAUGAACGAGGAAAUCUUGAAUUAGCUUCUAACAAGGAUGAUAUAGGUGUUUAUCGCGGAUCCGAAAGCAAUCACGACGACAAACAUCAACAGCUUGAGACUGUAACUAGGAGGUCGCCAAAUUCCUCAGUAAUAACUGAUGUGAUUUCGAAAAACGCGGAAGAAUUAAGCAGAGUAUUGAUGUCAUUGGGUUUGGAAUCAUCAAAAUCCAAUCACAUCGUUGAUCAUAUUCAGAAAAAUAUGGACAAUGUAGUAAACACGGACACUACUGCUUAUGAAUCCCAGUUAGAUUUUGACAAAAAAACAACUUGUUUGACACCACAACGUGGUAUCGAUUCCUCGAUUUCUGAGAUAGUGGACGUAUCUGAUCAUAAUGAAUCGCCAGCCAAUCCUGAAUUCUCCGGUGAUGAUUCUAACCAAUCUCGAAAUGACGGUCAACCUCAAUAUUCUUUUCCUCCCACUAUUAGUACAGUGACUUAUGAACUUCGCCGUCGGGAAUUAUUGCGUGCUAAUCAACGUAUUGCUUUAAAUCCAUCAUAUUCUUUAAACAAUUCAACUGAAGGUCUUACCGGUCAUAUUAGCUAUCAUCAAAACAUGCCGUCAUCAUUAUCUGCACAGUUACCAUCGUCUGAAUGUCGAGCGAUUUGUAUUCCAGAUAAUCAUUCUUUACAUUAUUCCAAUUCAAAUCCUAAUACCACAAUGUCUCUAUCAGACUCUGUAUUGCGUUAUUGUGUUCCUGAAAAAUCUAACACCGAUGAAACCAACGCAAACGGUCAUUCAUUAUCUUGUCCAUGUGGAAAUCCUCAAAGCUGUCCAUUAUCUGAACAGAAAAUUGAACGUUUGUGUAAAAAUCCUGGUAUAAUUCAUGGUUUCACAGUUCUUUCCGCUGUAUUUCGUGGUCGACUCACUAGACAAUUAUUAGCUACACGUAAAGUUCAUGAUUUAAUACGUACUGUAAAAGAUACGGCUAAAUUAAUUUUAUCUAUACGAUUAGAUCAAAGAAAUAUAUCGUUUCAAUCAGAAUUUGUAUCAACUAAUAAAACUAUACAUCAAUUAACUAAUAAUGAAUCAUUAUUAUUAGAAUCAAAAUUAUUAAUACAACUUUAUAAUAUACUUAAUGAAAUUCAUGAAAUCUUCUUUAAAUGGUCUAUAACUAAACAAAUUUCACUUAUAUUUAAUUCUAAUCUAUCAUCAUAUAAAAUGGAUUAUUCAUUUACAAAUUUAACUAAUCAAACAUCAACAAAUUCAUUACGUAUCCUUCGACAGUUACAACCUCAUCAAGUGAAUUCCUUACCUAAAAGUAAACAGAUCAAUAACAACGCAAAUGGCGAAGAAAAAAAAUCAAAUAUUUCUAUUAUUUCCAAUAAACGAAAUCCUUAUCAUUCUAUUAAUAAUAAUAAUAGCAACAAUAAUAAUAAUAAAUUAAUCAAUAAAUUCUCCCCCAAACAACAAUUAACACAUAAUAUAAUUAAAAAUCAAUUAAAAAAUAAUCAAAAAGAAUGUUAUAAACAACAAUCAAUAUCGAAUACAUUUAUACAAUCUAAUAUAAACAAUUCAAUUUAUUAUAAAUCAAUAAAUAAAAAUAAUCAAUAUAUUACAAGAUUAAUUUCAACUAAUAAUACAUUAAAUAAUAAAGUUAAUAGAUCAUCAUCAAUAAGAAAGAAUUAUAUUAAUCGAACAAAAUCGAUCGAACCAAAAAUUAUUCGCCAUUUCAGUAAUAAAAUUGAUCCAAUCCAAUAUAAUAAUAAUACAUCAACAAUUGACUCAUUGAACAGUAAUAAUAAGAAUGAUCCGCUGAAUAUUACAGUUAACAGUGAACUGGAAAUAGAUUCAAAAAAUGAUCAAUAUACUUCAAUAGCUUAACUUAGAAAAGCAAAUCCAAUUAAAAAAAUGUUUAUCAGUUUAUGGUUGUGGAGACUCAAUGAAACCAUGAACCGAUCUAUGUCAGACCACAAUUGAAAACCUAGAAGCACUGGAAAGCCGUUUCGUCCUAGUAUGAAACUCAGUAGUGCGCAUCUGCGACCCCUGAUGAGACGCAUAAUUCAAUAGUCAUAUGUGUCAUUGCAGCCUAUUGUCACCAGUAUUCAUAUUUCAGUCAUUCUUGUAUACGAAAGAAACAUUUGAUGAAGAAAUUCAGUCAGUCAUGAUCAUCACAGAGAAUAGAACAAAACAUUAAAAAGUACCAAUAUCAGUACUGAUGUAAAUAAUUUCCCAAACAUUAAAACAAUUCAUACUGAAAAAUGCCAUGAAACUGUUGUUGAAGAGAAAAGACUGUCAACUUCAUCAAAACAAGUCAGUAGUUCAACGUUAUCACAAUGUGAAACUAAUUUACAUGCUCCAUUAACUAUUAAUAAUAAUAAUAAUACAUCAGUUCAAAGAUGUUUUCCUGUGAAACGUCGUAUUCUAUCUAGAAAACUUAAAAAUGAUUAUUCAAAUACUCCUAUUCAUGUCAGUACUCAAAAUAAUUCGUCUAACUCUACAUGUAAUAAUUAUAAUAAUGAUGUAUCAUUCCUGAUACAAGAUAAUCAAUCAAUCAAUAAUACUUUACAUUCUAAUGAUAAUGAAAUCAAAUAUAAUUACGAAAUUUCAAAUAAUUUAUAUCAAAAAAAUUCUGAACUACGUGCAACAUGGACUUUAGAUUCAAAGACAUAUCCUUCUCUUACCAUAGAUACUAUUAAUUUAUCUAAUUAAUGGACUAAAAUUAUUAUGUGUAAAGGAUGAUAUUACAGUUAGUCUAUGGUGUUGUUAAUGAAUGAUCAUAAUAAUAAGUGUUCGUUAUAUAUAUAUAUAUAUAUAUAUAUAUAUAUAUAUAUAUAUAUAUAUAUAUAUAUAAAAUUCAUAUUAGUUCCAUUUCUCUCACAAACUUUAAUUUCUAUUCUAAUACCGG